AUGACUUGCUGUAAGAGGAGAGUGACCCUUGUAUGGCAAGCUGUUGUCUACGCUCUGAGCUUACCCCGCAGUCAACCUUUCAAGCACACAGCACUCAACACCCCAACCGCAAUCCAUGCGAUCGACCCCUGUGCAGCGCACGGUCAGCGGGGUCACGGCAUUCAAGAAAAGACGGUUCUGGUAGGAUACAGAUGUCCCGAACAUCAACUCAACUGGGACAAAGAACAAGCAGUAUCCGUAGAGAAGCCUGACAUUGUUGAUGAUUCCUCAGAUAUAGAUGGAAGCUUGACUGAUGACGAGAGCAUCUUCUCCACCUCAAUUGCGUUAAGUAGAUGUACGUCUUUUAUCGCAACCGAUGGGCAAGACACUGUCGCGGAGAUACUGAAGAUCCUGAUUGAGGACCCUGAGUUGAGAUGGGAGAGACUGCUGUGCUUUCAACCCGAGAUACCGAUUGGGAGACAGGUGAAGGAUGUACAAUUCUUCCUAGCAGCCUUCGAGAAUGAUCUACGCACUGAGGCUGAUUCUACUCUACAAUACCAUGCCUGCGCGUUUCUGCGGCGUCGCUUCCGACACAUCUCAUCACGAAUAUACGAGCAUUACGAUAUUGAAGAGAAAAGCAGUUCCGGGAAUGUCCUCUCCAACGACGGGGACGUUUCUGGGUCGUUGGAGCGACUUGAGCCUAUUGCUCUAGAUGAGCCCGAUUCGACGCUCAUGCCUGCCUUCUCGAGCAUCCAAGAUUUCCUGUUUAAAGGAGUUGCAUACCAGUCAUUGAAAGAGAAUAUAAGAAAUUUUGUACAACAUACGCGCAAUCAUGAGGAAGAGAUGAUCGAUAUCAUACUGCGGAAUAUACAUCCACCAAAAGCAGUUUCCCAUCCUUUUCAAAAAGAUUGGGCAGAAGUGCGACGCGCACACCUAAGUCGAUUUCUUUCCUGCCUUGAACUUGAGGCAGAAGAACAUAAGCUCUCAGCUUCUGAUCGUGCUGGCUUGAAGAAAAUUCGUCAACAUCCAUUCCAGCUUAUCGUGAGAGUCAUGACGUCUUGGACGAGCGAAACACCCUCAUGGCAUCAUUAUCCACUCAUACCAGGUAUCGAUAGCUGUUUGACAUAUGGAGACGUCUCGGGAACCACAAUAUAUAGUCAGACCGAAAUCGAGUCUUUCGAGACAUUUGUAUGCUCAAGCAAAGCUUUCUUGACGCUCGCAAGAACAAUUUCCGGUCUUGUACAUAAGAAUCGAAGGAAUUCUGGGUGUGUUGUAUGGCAGCGAGGGCUCGAUGCUCAGACUCCUUCCGAUGGCAACUUACGUAAAGACGUGUAUGACACGAUCAGUUAUGAUUGCCUGACCUCUCAUAGCCAUGUGGGAAAACCAUCGUCGACAACUACGCACCAUUGUCUACAGAAAGUGCUUAUAACCGGUCGCGACAACUGA